AUGAUGCUUCUCCCCACUAGAGUACUAUCACGAUUUUGUUAUUUCAAACGUUCAUCAAUCCCGCUAGCAAGAUGGUUUUCAACACAAUUCCCUCAACUCCGACUGAAGAAUGCUCCAAAGAAGAGGAUUGGAGCACAAAAAUUGCGUAGAACCGAUCCUGCUUUCCAAAAUGAAUCAACAAGCUACAUUCUUUCCCUAUUGGACAAGAACAAGGAGAACCAAACGUCGAAGACAUUGGAGAGUUAUCUAUCCAUUGUAACGUCGGUGACAGUUGGGGACGCCAUCAAUUUUGACAAGGUAAUCGAUGCCAUUCGUCCGGAGUACAAGUACGACGUGGUUGUGCCUGACGAAGUGAUCAACAUCGAAGUAGCAUCACGAAACCUUAUGGUCUUGUCUAAUGGGACUUUUGUGGGGUGGGAUUUCACUGAAGAUGAGAUUAUCAGCAAGCUUUUACCCAAACUUGAGGGUGCAGUGGAGUCAAAAUUUGACGACUUCGAAAGUGAAGAGUUGGACUGGAUAGCAUUAACUCAUUUGCCAAAAGAACCUUUAAACAACGGAAACAGCUAUCUUCACGGAGAAAUCUUGGUAGUUCAAGGAAAUAAUCCCAGCAAGAGAUUACUAGAUAUGGCUGCAUUUGCCAUCGGACUUAGUAGAUCCACCAGAUUAUCCAUCUUGGAAACCCAAUUAGACGAAUUCCUCACCCUUACAAGAAAAAAUUCCGAGAUCUUAUCCAGUGGUAAACGAAUCACAUCAACAGAACAAGAAUUAUUACGAAUAACGGGAAGAUUAUUCUUAUUAAGAGGGAAACUAAAUCUUUAUUCGGAACUUAUCGAAACACCAGACCUCUAUUGGAGUGAACCUAUUUUGGAGAAAAUUUACAACAAUGUAUCCAAAAUCCUUGAUAUAAAUUCAAGAAUUUCCAUCAUGAAUAGGAAAUUGGAUUAUGCAACUGAAGAACAACGGGCAUUUCUUAGUGUUUUAAAUGAAAAGAAAUCAACAAGAUUGGAAUGGAUUAUUAUAUUGUUGAUUAUGGUUGAGGUUAUAUUCGAAAUCCAUCAUUUUUAUGAAAAAUAUGAAGAUAAAAAGGAAAAGGAAAGAGGAGGAAGGUAA